UUCUACCUGGGAACCUUGGGGCUAUGAAUUCGAUUUCCCGCAACCAGACCUCCCAAAUGUCCAUCUCCAUUCAAACUGGAAAGCGUAAAAGACACAACACACACUUCCAGUCCUACGAAUCCCCCGCCCCCUACCCCAAAAGGAAUAGGCAUCCAAAUUAACCCCAUUCAAGAACUUUUGGAUAAAAUUACAUCAACUGUCCUCUUUUGGUUGUACUGUUUUAGAUCAAGAAUUGCAGUGGCUACGAAUCCUAUCAUCCUAUGUCAUCACCCACAGGUUACAGGCCUAAAUAGAAUAGACAACAGAACAUCAAGAUGCUUGACAUUUCCUUGUAAAUCUCUGUGGUCCAUUUCCCAGUCUGUCUGAUGACAGGGUGUUAAUGGGUCUAUCAACAAAGGCUGCCUCCUAUCACAGCUCAGCUGAUCACUGCCUUGAGCAUGAUGCUCUGACCAGCCAGCCGCUCUCUGCUGUUUGAUGUUUGAAAGAAAAAAAUAGUUAAUCAACUUUUUCCAGCCUUUAAUCUCAUUUAACAGAUCUUAUCAGCAGUAGGGUCAGUGUCAGUCUUUGACUAUGCUAGACAUACAGUCAACAAGAAAGAACACAAUUGUUAAAUCUCCCUUCAUGGUCCUCCUUUUUUUUCAUUAUGAAACACUUUCACAACCUAAUUAAUGUAUGACAGUUAGGUCUGUUGUGAAUAGUUAGCCUACAUACGGCUGUGUGGUCUACAUCUGCAUCAAAAGCAGACAAAGUAUUCUAGCCUUGGGGUGUCUGACUCUUGCAUGAUGCAGAACACCAAUUUUGUAAUGUGAAUUUUUGGGUAUCUGAAAUUUGAAUUAUUCAAAGAUUUGCAAGCAAAAGAAACAUGAUCUGAGACGUUUUGAAACAUCUGAGAUAUGUCCCUCACGAAAGACUUUAGGUUAUCCACAAGAAGAAGCCUGAGAACAUUGACACAGGCCAUUACACAAGAUCAGGAACCUCAGCAGCCCAAUGUUAGCAUAACACUCUAGAGGAUCACAGACAGACAGUAACCAAAUGGAGUUGGAACCCUCAGACAAAGCCUGGCUUGUGAAGUGCCGCAAUAUAUAUAGGACUCGAUAACAAGCACAUUUGAAUCCAAUGUCAAAUCAAUGUCUUGUUUGGGGGCCCAAGUGAAAUGGAUCGAUAAAUAUGUUUCAGAAUUCAUGCAUAAUUAUUUCAGAUUUAGGAUAACUGCAUUUGUAACAAAGUUGUUAAAUACGUUCAAUCAUCUAUUUCUGUACUGGUACACAUACAUGGAUGAGUGUGAGUUUGAUGUUGACUUGACCUCCUAUUGCCCAUGUGGAGGCAGGGCAUUCACCUCAAACAUACCCUCAUGACCACCUUUGAUCUGGGUUUGUGUAUUGACAUGCUCUUUGUUGAUAGUUAGAGGUAUGAUUCAUCAUUAUCAUUCAUAAGACCCACUGGGUCAACAAAAAGUAGGCCUACACAUUUUACUAUAGUGUAUAUUUCCAUGGAGGUCUGGUUUGAAACUGCCUCCAUCACCAUAUCUCAAUCUCUUCAUUCAAAGAUUCAAUCAUGGACAUUCUUCGAGUGAUGUAUUGUCUCUACCUUCUUGCCCUUUGUGCUGUUGUCUGCCUGUACCCUGUUUUGUGCUGCUACCAUGUUGUCUUGUUGCUACCAUUCUGUGUUGUCAUGUGUUGAUGCCAUGCUGUUGUCUUAAGUCUCUCUUUAUGUAGUGUUGUUUUAUCUCUCUUGUCAUGUGUGUAUUGUGUGUAUUGUCCUAUAAUUUUAUUUUUCAUUUGUUCUUAACUGACUUGCCGAGUUAUAUGAAGGUAAAAAAUAUUUUUCAGAAAUUCUAUGUAAUUCUCAGCAUGGUGGAAGCCUUUCACAUCCUCUCUUUGAUGCUUCAGAAGGGGACCACCAUUUCUUCAAAAAGCAUAUAAAUGCUUUCUCAAGUUGUGUAUUGGACAUGUAGACCUUUUCAAGCGACCUUGUGCACACUACCGUUCAGGGUGUCGCAGAUUCACACCUUUCUGCAGCCAUCAGACGCGCUCGGAACAAUGUUCGUCUCCAGUGCCAGCCGCCGCUAACUGCCCGCGGAGUUCACACAUUCCGACGUCACCUUUGAUCACAAGGAGAUGAGGGCGGAUAUAAAACCGGGGAUCAGGCGGUUGUGGUCAAUCAGAUUCUGGGAAUAGAGUAGUAAUAUGUCAGCCGUCCACGGAAAACUGAGGGUAGGAGACCGAACUCAAUUCCCGAUGUACCCCGAAGGACACAUGGAGAGGAAUAGCAUGCCGCAUUCAGAUUAUGGUGCUGCGGAUAGGGCAAACUACUUCAACUCCCCAAACGCCACCUUACAGAGAGCGGACAGCAUGACCCAUCGAAGGAAGAGAACCAACUUCACCCAGCAGCAGAUUGGGGUGCUGGAGAAAGUAUACUUCGACACCAAAUACCCUGACAUAUUCCUUCGCGAGAGACUUGAGGCUCUCACCGGCCUACCAGAGUCCAGAAUUCAGGUGUGGUUCCAGAACCGACGCGCAAAAUCCCGUCGCCUGGAAGGGUCGUCCAUUUCUAUGAAGCUCCAUGGUGUUGCCGCCAGCGCCCCCGUGACCCCGUUCGCGCAACUCCAUCACCGAAUGCCCAACUUCAGACCACCACUCCACAGCCGGACGGAAGAAACGCAAGCCAAGACUACACUACCCACGAAAACUGGUAACUACGAACACUCAACUAUCCCGUAUGUUGACGAUGCAUCCAUAAAUGGGAAUACAAGAAAAAUUGAGCAAGUCGAACGAGAUCAGUUGAGCGUUGCGGUUCCGUGCAACAACGUUCAUCCGUAUCACAAGGGAAAUGGACUUUACAUCAAGUCCCAGAGCAACAUAAGCGGUAGUGAAGGUACAAAACAUGUCCUGGUUGAAUAUGACAACUUUCCCCCAAACAAGACCAUAGGUCCCGAGAUGAAAGUUGUUAUCCCUCCUAUUCCUUCACAGAACAAUUUAGGCAGGUCCUCUCCAAAGCAUAUCGCAUGCCAGGUACAGCAUCCUCAGGUUAAGACCAGACCUGAUAACUUUGGCCACUUCUCUCCCAUUCGUGCCAGCAAGUCGCAAGAGUUCUCUGAUUCGGAUUCAGAGUGGGAAAACAGUGCCAUGUCUGGCUUUGGUGACUUUAUGUGAAUUUUCUGUCAAUGUGAAAUUGCCUGAUGGGUUCAUCACUUCAAAAUUAACGGAUGUAAGUUUGUUAUAAAGAUACUUAUUUAUUGUAUAUUAUUUUGAUUGUCUUCGUUUUCAAACAGGCUACCAAAUAAAAUAUUAUAUUUAAUCUAC